AUGGACUCUGAAGACGGAGAGUUCUUCGUCAAGCAAUUGGCCGGCUUCGUGCGGACACACGAAAAAGCCCUUGCCAACGCCCUCCAAUUUCGGAGGCAAAACGCUCCUCGCCAUGGGGCAUCACAUAGCGUGUCGUCGAUCUCACCAGGGCCCGUCCCGCCCUCACCGUCGAUUCCCGAGCGUCCAUCAACCUCUGGUUCGACGUCGAGUACGCUAGCCGCCGCGCUCUCGCUCGGUAGCCUGAACUUUACAUCACACAACGUUAAAUCCGCCAAGCUGGCUCUCACACCUCACCACCUAUUCUACCUUCUCUCUCGCUUCGAAGAAUUGGGCAUCCCCGUUGGGCCCAUGAAAGUACGCCUCGAAAACCUACACGAUAGCACGACCUCGGCGAACUAUGUAUCUUUCCUCGGCCAGUCUCAGCGGUCUAAGAGCCAUGGCUCGGACGUCGGAUCGAUCCGCUCUGUGUCUAGUAUCAGGAGCGUCAUGUCGAGCAUGUCCGCGUUAUGGUCAGGCUUCAGUAUUGGUUCUAGCAUCUCGGCUGCCCGGACAGAGAAGCAAAAGGCUGCGGUCCAGGCCGACCUGAAAUAUCUCUACUCGGCCUUCACUAAGAUCCCAUGCCUGAGGCUGGCACCUGACUGGCGAGCCCGGCUUAUCAAGGGCUACGAAGAGUUCCCGUUCGACUCCGCAGUGCCACUCUAUGUGUUCAAGAAUGUUCAGGCACUUGAGGUUAGCGACAUCGACUUCCGGCAAUUCUUCGGGUGGGACAGACUCGCCGAUCAGCUCCGAUCCUUGACCCUUAAGCGCGCGAGCAUCGAUGACCCGGCAGACGUUUUGAUCGAUAUCGUGCUGGACGACAUGGAUAAGCGACGUCGUCGAACGUCUAAGACCCACUCUUCUCCAACAAGACCGUGGCCCGGGGCCUCGAGCCCUCGAAGAAGUCCAACAGGCUCUAACAGUGAUCUGCCCAAGUCAGCCCCUAUCCCGGGGUCUUCGCCACGGAAAUCGACGGUCGACCUACAAGUCGGAUCAUUGAACAGCGAGGUUGGGGGUGACCAGGGUGGGUACGGUGGUUUGGAUAGCCGACGGCCAUCUGUAGCCAGAAUCGACCCCGACGAGCCCGGGUCGCCCUCUAAGGACGGCGUUCGGCCCCGCAGUCACUCCCCACGGCGCCCUGGGAGCUCUCGAAACCCAUCGGCCAAUAUCCGUGGAUCGUACAAAGUUCGACGGUCGGGCUCAGGAAGCUCGCACUCCAGCCUCUCCGACUCGUUCCACAACUCGCGCGGGAGUUCAUCCAACCUCUUGACCAUGGGCAUUCUCCCGGCUUCCAAAUGGCGCUUCCUCAAGCAUCUCAGCCUGGCGGACAACUCGCUCACCGCGAUUCCCCCAGGAAGUCUCACCCCUCUGGCGAACACCCUCAACUCGCUUGAUCUUUCCUCAAACCUGUUUACGCAAGUCCCUGACAGCGUAGCCAGCCUCACCGCUCUCCGCGCUCUCAACUUAGCUCAUUGCAUGAUCGAUUCUCUGCACUCCCUCACACGCAACCCGCUCCCAGCAAUCAGCGCUUUGAAUCUCCGGGCAAACCGUUUGCAUUCUCUUGCCGGCAUCGAGAAGCUCCUCCCGCUCGAGAGGCUUGAUUUGCGAGACAACCGCUUGACCGACCCGAUGGAGUUGGCUCGGCUGACAGGUAUACCGGAUAUCCGUGAGGUUUGGGUAGAAGGCAACCCCUUCACCCGUACCCAUCGUGAUUACCGUAUCACCAUUUUCAACCUGUUCCGCCGGACCCCCGGGUACACUGAGGAUAUCACUAUCGACGCCACCGGGCCAACGUAUGCCGAGAAGCGGUAUCUCGUCGAGCGAGCCGAGAUCCCACCCGCCGUGCCCGUGGUCAAGCCUGAGACACCGGUUAUGCCCGCCGUCGACGUUAGCAAGCCGGCUAUCAUCUACGGCGCUCCCACAAAAGAGCCUGCGGUUCUCCGGAAAGACCGGCCGGUACCCAAGCCUGCCUCGAGCGAAACCAACGCGACUUCCACGCGGCGUCGUGGGGGGGCUAAACGACGGAUUGUCGAUCUUUCUACGAACGAGAAUCCUCAACCGUACGCGCGCCCUGUCGAUCGCCAUGCAGCUGCCAUCACCACCAACGUGGAUUCGGGAGCACACUACCGUACUUCACAGCUGCCUGAGAUCCAGCAUGAGAGGCACGAACCGCCACGGGCCGUGUUCGCCGAGACCGUCACACCGACCACCAUCUCGACGAUCCCGGAACCGACGCGCGAAGUUCCGAGAAUCGAUACCAACGUUGUUCCCCAAUUACCAGCGAUCUUGAAGUCGUCGGAGAACAACGUCGAUUGGGGCGUUGGGGGUGAGAUCUACCGGCAAAAGAUUGAGGACCUUCGGAACAAAGUCGGAAACGGCUACCUUAGUGUCCUCAGCGAGGAGAGCUGGGAUCCGGUGCCUCAUCAGCAAGAUUACCACCAAACACCAACCUUCAACCCUACCUCGCCAUCUCUCCACUCGGACCCAUCGAUGCCCCGAGCGGCAGCAAACAUGCAAGCCAUUCCCAGCGGUGGCUCGUUUGCUUAA